CGGUGACUCCUCCAACUCCACCACAAUCUCUCUCUGUUAUUCAUCUCUAGGCUACACAACUCCUUUUCUAUCUCUGGCGCAAAUCCUCACCGCGCCUAACUGAACCCCCCUAAAAAUCCAACUCACCAUCCGCCACCCGGCCGACCAUGUAGCAGACCCUCCCCCAUCGACAUUAACGAUGGUCCUCUCGCUACCUGUCCCUAGCUUCUCCAAACCCCCAACGCCAACACCAACACCAAAAACAUCAACAACCGCCCCCAGCGACACAACCCCCUCAGCAACCAUCACCGAAGCCCUCCGCAACAACCCCUUCAACAUCCCCUCCCGGUCACGCCUAAUCCCCCAAAUCCAAACCCAAGAACAAGAACAAGAAGAACUAAACAGCGCCCUCGAAACCCUCGCCCACAUCUUCCCUGACAUCAAAGUCGAAGUCUUCCGCGAACUCCUUCUCCGCUUCGACGGCCAAAGCCGCCUCCACGUCUGCGUCGAGCAACUCCUCCGCCACAAAGAAGAAUGGGUCGCCGGCCGCUGGAAUGUUCCCGGCGAUGGUGGUGCUGACGACAACGCCCUACUCCACGGUGGGGGUGGUGUUGUGCCGGUCGAUGAGCGGUUCCGGGCGCCCGAGUAUAAGAGUGCGGUGAGGGGGACGCUGGUGAAGGAGUUUGGUGGGCUGAGUAAGAGUACGGUGGAUGGGGUGUUGGCGGAGGUGAAUUUUUGUUACGGGAGGGCGAGGCCGAUACUCAGGGAGCUUUCGAGGAAGACGUGGCGGGCUACUUUUAGUAGUUUUUUGCCGAGCUGGAGGAAGAGGGGGAGGGAGAAGGGUGGGGAGUGUGAGGAGAGUCAGAGUCCUUUGGUUUUGUGGCGGAGGUCAUCGUCUGAGGGUGGGGAGCUGGUGCCGUUCUUGAAGGAGACGGGGUGUAGGGAGUUGGAUGAAGAGUUGAGGGUGUUUUUGUUGGAGCCGUUGCUUAGGGGGAGGAGAGAGGAAGGGGAGGAGAGGGACCGCUGGUUGGCGGAGGAGUUGAAUGAGCGGGAGGCGAAGGCGGCAGAGGCGAUUUAUGAGUGUGAGUGUUGUUUGGCGGAUGUGACGUUUGAGCGGAUUUCGACAUGCUCGGAGAAUAUGCAUGUUAUUUGCUAUGCUUGUAUUCGGCGGACAGUUCAGGAGGCGCUCUUUGGUCAGGGUUGGGGCAAGUCUGUUGAUGUGGGGAGGUCAACGGUGAGGUGUUUGACGCCGUUUGCUCAUGAUGGGUGUAACGGGAGCUUGCAUCCGGAAGUUGUUAAGCGCGCUAUUCUCCUUGAUAAGGGGGGCACUGAGACCUAUAUGAAGUUUGAGGCUCGGCUGGCUUCGGAGGCGCUGCUCAAGUCUCAGCUGAAGCUCAUUCAUUGUCCUUUCUGCUCAUAUGCUGAGGUCGAUUCGGCAUAUCAUCCCUCCGCCAAGGGGAUCACCUGGCGGUUUCGCCGGGAUGGGGUCAUCUCUACGGUUCUUCUGACUAUCCUGCUCCUAGACUUGGUGCCCUUGCUCGCCAUCCCCGUGAUCAUCCUUUAUAUCCUAGACCCUUCUGCUGUGCAGAAGCUUUUGCGCAAUUCUUUCCUUAACCUGUGUCUUAAGGUUCGCCCCAAGAGAUUCACCUGCUCGAAUCCCCUGUGUCAACGCGUCAGUUGUAUAACAUGCCAGAAAGCAUGGCGUGACCCGCAUGUCUGCUUUGAGCCACUCUUACUUGAUCUUCGGGCUACGGUCGAGGCUGCUCGCACCGCUGCGGUGAAGCGCACUUGUCCCCGUUGCGGCCUGUCUUUCGUCAAAUCCUCCGGCUGCAAUAAGCUAACCUGCGUCUGCGGGUACUCCAUGUGUUAUCUCUGUCGCAAGGGCCUUAGCCCUCCAUCGAAAGCCCCGCAAUUGCUCCGUCCUAGACAGCGUCGGCAGGAAAACAUUAAUCCUGCGGGCGAGAUGGAUGACGAGGUUAACCUCGAUGAUGAAGAAUUCGAAGAGCCGGAGGGAUACAAGCAUUUCUGCGAGCAUUUCCGCAUCAACCCGGGGUCCCGAUGCUCCGAAUGCAAUAAAUGCGAGUUAUACCAAGAUGAAGACGAAGAAGCAGUGGCACGUCGUGCGGGCGAGAAAGCCGAACGUGAAUGGCGUAUGCGGCAAGGCAUGGCCGGCAUCGGCGUCGGAUCCGUCCAAGUCAACAAAUCGUUCUCCAAACAGAACAAGUCCGCCUAUGGAAUGUCUCUACCGGGUCAAGACAGGCCCUUGACCUACUGGCUGGGUGAAGUAUGGCAUGAGGGCCGAUGGAAGAUGGAAGGCCAGGCCUUCGUGGAUUGGAUCGUGGAACGGGUGGUUGUUAUAGAAGAGAUCUAAAUCUUUUCGUGCCCUUUUGGGGAUUUUCUCUUUCUUCUUUCCGCCCUUUACUUUUCUUAGAUCAUGUUUUAAUAUUGGCGUUCGGGCAACAGGGUGAAACAGGACUCGUUGCAUUGCUGCUUGGUUUGUUCUGAUGAUGUGACGAGACAUGACGUUCCUUUGGCUUGUGGCUUUCGAGGAGACUCUCUUCUUAAUUGGAUUAAUAUACCUGGGUCAUCUACUGACUACAAUACAACUCUCUCUUACCAAAGGGCUCUUUGAGGAUAGCAUACUGUUGUUAGAGGUGUAUUAAGUAUUUAUUAGUAAAGGUUUAGUAGUGAUCAGAAGCUCUUAACUUAUUUACGGCUUUGGCUUAUGAGAAGAAACUGCUGUGGGGAUGCUUAGAUAUAUAUCUCUACAUAACUACGGAGUACUUAACAGCCAGCUCUUUGAAUACUCCCUUCUUCACGCAUGAAUUCGCGCC